AUGGUGGGAGAGGAUAGAGAAAGCUCGGCGGCGCCGCCGGCGGCGGCGGCGGAGACGGGAGUUGGAGGAGGGAAGAAGGCGGGAGGGAAAGGAGGAGGAGGUGGUGCGGAGGGGAUGAGGAAGGGGCCGUGGACGCCGGCGGAGGACGAGAUCCUGUUGGAGCAUGUGCGGCGGCACGGGGAGGGGAACUGGAACGCGGUGCAGCGGCUGAGCGGCCUCGCGAGGUGCGGGAAGAGCUGCCGCCUGCGGUGGGCUAACCAUCUCCGGCCCAACCUUAAGAAGGGUUCCUUCGCCCCCGAGGAGGAGUUCCUUAUCCUCCGCCUCCAUGCCCAACUCGGCAACAAGUGGGCGCGCAUGGCGGCGCAGUUGCCCGGUAGGACUGACAACGAGAUUAAGAACUACUGGAACACCCGCCUGAAGCGCCGCCAGCGCGCCGGCCUUCCCAUCUACCCGCCGGAGCUGCAAGACGCCAUCCGAUUUGGCCGUCGCCUCCAGCGUCAGAACCAGGCUUCUCAGGGAACGCCGCCUCCGCCGCUGCUAUCUGCAACCAGACACCAAGCUCAGCUUCCUCCUCUGCAGCUCCCGCCGCUGCUGGACCUCGUCAGCUUCUGCCCUCAGCUGGAAAUGACUCCCCCACCGACUUCGCACCCCUGCCAGUUGAGCUUCGCGUUCCCGGUCCCGUCUCUCUCGCCGCCCACCACCCCUACGCCAUCUCUACUCCGGAAACCCCAGAUGGGGCUGUGCAACUACGAUUUCAAUCCGCCGACGCUGAUGUCGCCUCCUUACGCGGUCAAAAUGGAGCUCCCUUCGAACCAACUGUACCAAGAAGCUGCCGGCGGUGGCGGGCCAAGAAAUUGCGGGCUGACGGAGCCUCUUCUGCCGGAACCACACCCGCUAGGUCUGGAGCAUAUCAAAACAGGGGAAUUGUUGCUGUUGCCGGCCGUCGACGACCACGCCGUCAGAUGGGGAAACCUUUUCUGUGCCGGAGAUUACGACUGCGGCAGCAACCAGGAAGGCACCAUGGAGACUCCUCUGCAAUUCGACUUCGGAACCGAGGGAAACGGUGAAGCACUGGGCAGCAGAAUGAAAGACAUGGCAGAGUUUCUGGACCUGCCGGCUCCGGUGGUCCUAGACUGGUGCAAUUCCGACAACACGGAGCUAUCGAGCGCACAGCCGUCGACGGUUGUUGUGGGCGAAGACGUCGCAGUCGACAUGCAGCAGCUGGCUCCUUCGCAGGACUGGAACGUCAACUCCUGGCCGUGGAGCAACAUGCCGGGAAUUUGUUGAGGAUAAUCCCUUAAUCCAUGCGACUCUGCAGUAGGGUUGGAUCGAUCGACGUGU